AUUAGGGGGGGGGGGUCUAAAAAUGGCGGAGUCGGAGGAGGAGGUGGACGUCUUGGUCCAGAGAGUUGUCAAAGACAUCACUAACGCGUUUAAGAGGAACCCCAACAUUGAUGAGAUUGGUGUGAUCCCGUGUCCAGAGGCACGCUACAACCGCAGCCCUAUUGUGCUGGUGGAGAACAAGCUGGGUGUUGAGAGCUGGUGUGUGAAGUUCCUGCUGCCAUAUGUCCACAACAAGCUGCUGCUCUACCGCCAGCGCAAGCACUGGCUGGACAGGGAAGCUUUAGUGGAUAUCACCUGCACUCUGUUGCUGCUUAACCCGGACUUCACCACUGCAUGGAAUGUCAGGAAGGAGCUGCUACGGUGUGGAGUUCUGAACCCAGAGAAGGACCUCUACCUGGGCAAGCUGGCCCUCACCAAAUUCCCCAAGAGCCCGGAGACAUGGAUACACCGACGCUGGGUGCUGCAGCAGGUCCUGAGGCAGUCCUCUGCUGUGGGCUGCAGCGGGAAGCAGCAGCAGCAGCAGCAGCAGCAGCAGCAGCAGGGUGAAGCAGAGCAGGCUGAUGCAGGCAGGAGCCAGCAGCUCAGUGACCAUCUGGCCAGAACGCUUCAACAAGAGAUGACUGUGUGCUCUGACGCUGCCUGCCGCUAUCCCAGCAACUACAACGCCUGGUCCCACCGCAUCUGGGUGCUGCAGCACAUGGCCAUGGGCAACGUCAAGGUUUUCCAUGAUGAGUUGUCCUCUAUGCGCCUAUGGGUGUCCAUGCAUGUGUCUGACCACAGUGGUUUCCAUUACCGCCAGUUCUUGCUCAAGGAGCUGAUCACUGAGCUCACUGAGCUCUCUCAGACUCCAACUUCCACCAACAGCAGUUCACCCGAGCAUCGGUCCAACAUAGUCCUCAGCAGCAGUCCCCACCAUCACAGCCACGCCCAGGUUAACGGGGAGCUGUCAGGAGCAGAGGCAGCAGGUGAGGACGAGAGCCAGCUCAGCCUCACCGCAGUAGUUCAGCUCUUCCACCAGGAGAUGGAGCUCUGCUCAGACCUGAUCCAGUCCUUCCCUGGACACGAGACUCUCUGGAGUCACAGGCGGCACGUCUUCUAUCUGUGGCACCACUGGAGGAAGGAACACCAGCAUCACCACUGCAGCAGCAACGGAGGCAGCGAGUCGGUCCACUUUAACGACGGCGACCUGGGCCUCCAGAAGACAAGUGCUCAGGGCUAUGGAGAUCAGGAGGAUGUUGUAAACGGACAGAGGCAUUCUGGUGAAGCUAUGGAGGUAGACGGGAUGUCUUUGCCAGAUUCGCACGACAGCAAGCGUCUGAAGAGAGGCGCCUGCCACCCAACCUUGCCCUCAGAGCACAGUUUUGUGAAUGGAAUCCUGGACAGCUGCUGUAACCCUGAGCAGAGACGCUUUGCCCUGGCAUACAGGAAAUGGUUAGACACUGUCAUUGGUCAGCAGCAUUGAAAGCGAGAACAAUUGGCCCUAUCCUUUCUCAACAUUGAAGUUGCCUUUAGACACAGAUUUCGGAUCAGCUUACCUACUUAUAGCGCUGACUUUAACCAGUAGAAUGAUGCAGUGAUGACUUUAGAAACCAAUCCCGGGGCAACCUAGUUAAUAUCCUCUCUUCCUGACAGUGAGUAGAGAGGAUGGGGUCUGAGAGUAAGGCUGUUUUGGCUUCACCCAGUCCGUUCUUCCUCUUAAACAUCUGGAUUCUCUUGAGCUUGGUCUAAGCCAGGAACCCCUUCAGAAUGGAAAUCUGCUCACACAAAGCAAACCGGCUCGCUAUGUCUGUCAGUAGAUUCUAUUCUUAUUUCAGGUGUCUCAAUGCCUCAGGUCAAAGUCCCACCGCUUUUAUUUAUUGCCAACUUGGCAUUCAUCCACACAGCUUGCAUAAUAAGUUGAAGUAUUUCAGCAAAGAACUAAAUGAAGCUGCCACAUUAUCUUUGCAGAGGUGAGAGCAGAGCAGAAUGACAGAAAUGACUAAAAACUCACUAUCAAAACACUUGUUGGAUCUGAUUGUAUAGAAAAACAAAAUGGCCAAUAUUACAUUAUGAAAUAAUUAUAUGAAUAGUGAUUAUUAUUAUGAUCCAGAGGGGAUUGGUGACAUGUCAGUGGGAUAAAUGCCGUCAUGCAAUAAAAAUACAUUUAAAAAGGGCAUUUUUGAUAAUGUAGCUAUAAUAUAAUGAAAAGUGAAUUCAAUAAAACCUUUACUAAAAAUCAUUGUAUUUUUAUAUUUUACUCAUUUAUUAAAAUGUUUGUUACUACUAGUUUUUUUUUUAUUUUAAUUUUCUUGUUUGUUUUUAGCAUUGGCCAUUUUGGAGUUCCAUAAAUUUGAAGCAGGUGUUAAAUGACAGCUUUGGAGUGAUAGUGACUCUGAUUAUAAGGAUUCUCUCAGCUGCGUGGUCGCUCUACUUUAGAUGAAUGUCUCGCAACGGCAGGUUUUAAGCACAGCCACACGGAUUCUUUAGAUUUCCAUUCUGAAGGCAGUAACAUUUAUUAACCAUGUCAUUUUCUCUUCAUCUUUUCCUCUCUUGAUCUCUGGUUGCUGCUCCUGGUUGAUUUUACCCUCGUACUUUCACUGAUGUAUAUAGUGAAUAAGACCUUACUAUGUAGCCAAGUGCUAACUUACAGUAGCUUGCAACAGAAAGCCAAAAAGCUGGUCACUAGCUAAGAGAGUACGUUCUGUUUGCUAUGUGAAAAGUUAGUCAUAGCUAACUUGCAAGUCUUACCUUCUGUCAACCUGAAGCACUAAAUACAUAACCAGAGAAUGUUAGCUUUACCAGUUUAGCGGUACUGAUGUUUGACUUUAAAGGAAUAUAGUGCUAGGGAAGUGAGUUCCUCCUACAUUCACUGGUGCUACAUGCUGCCGUUACUACAACUACUUCAUCUGUUACUGGUGUGUAGUGUGCAACAGGUGAAAACUGAACUGCACUUUUGACUAUUUGAUCAUAAUAGGCAUCGUUUUGUGAGGUAUCACUGAUAAACAACAAUAUUACAACUAUUUUUAAAAUGUCUGCUAUUUGCACCUGGUUAGUUAACAAUAGGCCUAGCUGCUGUAUUUCACUAGCUUGUCAAACAAUAGAGGUAUUAUCAAAAAGGUCAAAAUCUACAUCACAUCACAUUAUCUUUGUGUUAAGGAAUAAUUUGUAGCACUCCUUUUAAAAGUUACAUGCUGUAUCUGCACAUGUCAUCCCAUCAAUAAUGUAAAGGAUGAAACUGACACUUCCUCCCACUACAUUGCCUCAGCUGGAUUGAUAAGGGAAGAAUGGUAUUAUUGAAUUUGUAUCUGACAAAUCUGAAGUCACCUGUAUAGCAGAUGAUUGGUUGGAAAAUAUGAUGGGCUGCAUCUCAAAGAGGAUCCAUCUUUGUCACUCAAAGAUGUUGUUACAGUACAUAUGUGAGCAAAUGCGGGACGCAUUAGCAUUCACUACAACGGUGAUGUCUUAGUGGGAACCUCAAUGCAGCGUCUGUAUAAAGAGGUUUGAUUGGAUCGCCUACAUUGGCUUGUUCUUAAAGACAGAAUGGCAUGUUUGAGGGGAAAAAUGGAAGGCUUAGUCUAACUACUGCACCUGUAAGUAUAAAAGCCACCUGAGACAGCACAGAUGUCCACUCAUUGUUAUACAAACUAGUCCACAAGUGUAUCUAACUGCUUAAGACGAAUUCAUAAUUUUCACAAGCCACAUGUUCAAAUCUUGAACAGAACUCACCACCUUCCGAUAUCAGAUCAAAAGGUAGACGGGUGAUAGCAGACAAGUACACAAAGCCAUUUAGAGCAUUCAGUCAUUAGUCUGUAACAUUUGUGAUGUUUCUUUUCCAGGUUUUCCUUGUGCUUCCAUGUAACCCUUACCAUGCUGUAUUUGGCUUCUCAUAAAAAAAAAAUGUAAGAAUUAUGAAGUAAGA